AUGGAGAGCGACCGUCUAUUCGCCGCCAUCUACCUCUCUAUACUUCUAUCCCUGGCCAGCGGUUCUGACAGCUCGGAUUUGGAGACCAGAGCCCUGAGAGAUUUCUAUCCCAAAGAUCCAUAUCCUUCCAGCGAAAAGGAACUGCUCGGAGCGCUGCAAGAAGUCUUGGAAAAGCUGCAGACGAAACGGCUCCCAGCCUGGGAGAAGAAGUUUGGACAAGUCCCACUGUGUGAUGUUGGGGAACAGUGCGCUGUCAGAAAAGGAGCCAGGAUUGGGAAGCUCUGUGACUGUCCCAGAAGUUCUGGCUGUAACUUCUUCCUGCUUAAAUGCUUGUAGAGAACCCAAGAUAUUUGCCAAUAUCAUUUCUAUUUAUAACAGGUAGAAGCAGAACAUGAAGACAUCUGGUGGACAUAUU